AUGAGUCCCAACCGUUUUCACGUGUGUUCACCUUGCUCAUUUUUUAUUUAUUCUGCUUUUCUCUUUCCUUUACGGGUUGAAAUUGUUGGCGCCGGUCCUUUACUGGUAUAUACAAUUUUACAGCCGACCGGGGUAUCUUCCAGGCAAAAGCAACCCAAGGUGAAGGUGCUUGAUCCGGAUAUCGAUUACUCAAAGGCGAAAAGCGUCCACAGCAUCUCCUCAUGGUGGGGAAUUGGCGGGAUAUUUAUAGUGCUGUUCGUGGGAAAUAUCACCAACUACACCAAUUCUCAUCUCCCGGACGGACUACGAAAUGCACACCUGACGCACUUCCCUAGCGCGUUCAUUGCCGAACGCGCUUGGAAGGACCUGAAGAUAAUGAAUGAUUUCGGUCCCAAGCCUACGGGUACGUACACGAAUGAGGUGCUGGCAGUGGAUUUCCUCAAUCGUGAAAUUACGUACAUAGAUCAGUUGAAAAACCGAAACCAACGACUCAUUGUACAAAACCAGAUCGUGUCGGGAGGGUACGUCGGCGUGUACAUGAACAAAUCAGCCGCCAACGUGUAUCGGAACGUACAGAACGUGGUAGUGAAGCUGGUGGGGCGCAGUGAGACCGCUAACCGUCAUGCACUACUGCUAAACUGUCACUUCGAUUCAGUGGCCGGUUCACCUGGUGCUAGCGAUGAUACCGGAAGUUGCGCGGUGAUGCUAGAGAUCUUGCGCGUUCUCUCGCGCCAGUCGGAAGUGAAUCGCUAUUCUAUUAUCUUCCUUUUCAACGGAGCCGAAGAAACACCGUUACAGGCGUCGCAUGGCUUUAUCACGAAGCACCCAUGGGCGGCGGAUGUGCGGGCAUUCAUCAACCUUGAAUCGGCCGGAUCUGGUGGUAAGGAGAUGCUCUUCCAGAGUGGUCCCAAGCACCCGUGGUUGAUUGAGGCAUACGCGAAAGCAGUCCCGUAUCCGUACGCACAGGCGGCAGCCGAGGAGAUUUUUCAAUCAGGAGUCAUUCCCUCCGACACGGACUUUCGGGUGUUCCGGGAUGUCGGGCGUAUCCCAGGGAUGGAUUUUGCGCACACGGCAAACGGGUACCGGUACCACACGCGGUACGAUUCGAUUGACUACAUUUCGUUGUCGGUGCUGCAACGCACGGGCGAUAACAUCCUUGCACUGACGAAAACCAUCGCCAAUGGGGACGAGCUGAGCGGUACGGAGCGAUAUGCCCAGGGUUACAUGGUGUUCUACGACUUUCUUGGAUUCUUUUUCGUCUCGUACUCGGCCGACGUUGGUCUGAUGAUCAAUUUGUCUGUGGUAUUGCUGUCGAUCAUCAUACCGUUUCUUUCACUUGCUCGGUCUACCAGUGGUACGCAUGGUAAGCAGAUUCGGUCGGAAACCAUGACCGGCUUUUUGGCGACGUUCCUUGGUGCUGGAGCCAGCGGUGUACUAUGUUUCUUCAUCGGACUGCAACUGGAUGCACUCGGUCGGUCCAUGUCUUGGUAUUCCUCCACAAAUCUGAUACUGGGAGUGUAUUGUUGUCCCGCUUUGCUGUGCCAGUGCCUGGUUCAUCUGCUUUGCAAUCGAUUGUUUGGUAGUAAAACGACUCCGCUAAGCCUUGCGCUCAAGGUGCAAGCCCGAUUGAAUGGAGUGAAUCUUUUCUGGGGCAUGAUAACCCUAGGAAUAACUUUCACCGGCUACCGGUUGGCGUAUAUCUUCAUGGUGUUAAUUCUCUGUUCCCUGUGCUCCAGUACGUUGAUCUCGAUGCUUGGCCUCCAGAACACAGUCAACAAAUGGCUGAUCAUUCACGUGCUCUUUCAAAUCGCCGCACUCGCCUGGAGCACCCAAUUCUAUCACAUCCUAAUGAACAUGUUUGUCCCUAUAACCGGGCGAAUCGGUUCGUCCAUCAAUCCGGACGUAAUUAUCGGAGCAUUAGCCACGUUUGCCACGCUCUUCAGCUGCAGUUACUUGACGCCGUUACUGUUUCUACUCAAAAAAACCGAUAAGUUGAUUGGCGAGCUGGUGGCAAUUACGCUUAUAGCAAUGGUGCUUGCAUCCUCUACUCACGUCGGUUUUCCGUACCGAGAUGAUGCAUUCAAGGCUCCAGCCGUUCAACGGCACUAUAUCACACACACCGUGCGCAAGUUCUACGACUAUAACGGUGGUGAAAGGUACACAGAUUCUGGAUUUUUGCUGCAGGAGCUUGAUCGGAAUGCGAAGAAAACUAUCGAAGGUAUCGCAAUACCGGACGUGGUAACGCCAAUGCGAGAGAUUGCGGCAUGCGAAAAGGAGCUGUUUUGCGCCAUUCCGUUCUAUUCGAUCUGGCAUCAGGUUUUAUUUGAAAAUUAUUGGCUUCCAGGACCGGCACCGGUCGUACGGCAAAUGGUUACUAUUAACCUUCGGGAAAAGGAAUUGUUGAACGAACACGAGCAUCGGUUACAUCUGGUGCUGAAGGGCAGCUUCCAGUCUUCGAUUAUUAUCGGACCGAAAGCAGGCGCAAGCCUGAAACGCUGGAGUUUGCUAAGUGAAAUUCCCGCCCCGAUCGAGUUCAACGGACAGCGGGGGCAUUUCGUGUUGCUGACGGCCGGCAUCGAGAGCGAUCCUAUGAAUGUGACGUUAGACAUACGGCACGAGCUGAAGCAAUAUGAUGGUCCACUGGUUGAUCUGCUAGUAACCACUACACACUGGGAGUAUCAAAAGGAACACACCCCCGUGUUCAAUCGCCUUCUGGCACGUGUUCCUAGCUGGGCGCACGUAGUCCCAUCCGUAGCUGCUGUGAACGGCUACACUUUUUAAAGAUAGCAAUUACUUCCUUACUUCUUCCUACGCGAAGGUAUCUAGCACCUCGCGCCUA